AUGCGAAGUAUCCCUGGGUAUUACAUAGUUUGGCAUGCACACACUCGGAAGCGGCGAUUCGAGCUUGUUAGUGUUAAAGCCGCCAAAGAGCUCGCAAUAAAAGUUCAUGGGUCAGUAGAGAAGAUGUCAGAAAAACUAUAUGUCAAAAGUGUGAACGGACUUUCAGUGAAAAAUUAUACGAAAUUUCGAUUCCUCCAAGACGCACCAUUGCAACAGCCAUACAAGGACCCGUCCUCUCUACUCUGGGGAACACCUGACGAGCAGGAUGAUUACUGUGGCAUGGCCGCUGUCGCGUUUCCAUUCGUCAUGCAGAGAAACAGUCCCGAAGACGGAGUAUGGUGUGGCGGGUGUAAUCGAACGUACCAGCAAUUUGUAAGAAGGAGGCUGCCACCUCAAGUAAUACUCGACAAGAUCCCGCCUGGUAUUAGAGAAUCCGAUUCUCUUCUAAACGCGGUCCACCGUGCCAGAUCGAAGGCUGGAUUUCAAGAGCACAUUAAGCAUUGCUCAGACGGGCUGACAAUGGCGCCUAUGACUUGA